AUGAACGACUCGCGCGGACCGGUUCGCGGCACUCCGUCGCGGGGAGACGACGGUGGCCGCUUCGAGGAAUUCGACUCGUGGGAGAGGAGAAUCUUAAUCGCAACCGACAAGCUUUGCACCCUGAUGAGCUUCGUGCUGCAGGUCGUGGCGAUGAUCUUCCUGUUUGGGCCGUGGUUAGCGCAGCCGGUGUCGAGGCUGACCGCCGAUGUCUCGCUCGUGUGGGCCAACGCCCUGAAGACCGCGACCUUGGCCGCGCACGUGUGGGUGAUGCGCGCGAGGCGGGGGUGGUACGAGGCACAUCGCGAAGCCGUCGUGGUUGCCGUUCGUCUGCUGACGUUUACAUUCAUCAUGGCUGGGUACGUGCACAGCGGCACGUGGCAGGUGUCGAAGUCGUGGUUCGUGAUCGCGCGGUUGUUUUGGGGGUUGUGGGGCACGGUGGGGUGGCAGGUCAACACUCUGCUCAGCCUGGUCUUCCAGCUGGCGUUGUUCACCUUACUGCGAUUGGGACUGGCGCUGAAGGAGUUUGUCCUCGACACGAAGGAGGACUGGAGGUGCGCGCCGAUUGCGAUCUGUUGGCCGUCAUCCAAGUUGUCGGCUGUGCGGCGGGCAGAACUCGAACUUGAGCAGGACUUCUCCUUCACGAAGCGCGGCUUCAUCCUCGACUUCAGCUUCGUGGUGGUGAUGCCGGCGCUCAUCCUGCUCGUCAAGAAGAGGCACUCUCGGCUGAUGUUUGCUAUCGAGAACCAGAGAGCCAGAAGAACCUCGCGAGGACGAUUGCACCCGCAAGAAGUUGGCCAUCGUCCAUCAAUGAAUGUACGAUCGAAUGGAAUGCGAAGGACAUCGGAUAUCGACGAGACGUUUAGGUUUGGGUCCCAUAUCACAGAUGUGUUCGAAAAGUUUUGGAAGGGCUCGAUGGUAUGGGCGCCACUCAUGGAAUUUCGUGACCCAGUGAUGGAGGCACGAUUUGAGUAUUGGCACCGCUCGCAGAUGCUCACCGUGGAUUUACUGAAGUGCGGGGUUUCCCUGGUCACCUCGUCGUUAUACUACAUUCGCGUGAGGUCUGCUUUCCCGUCGACACGGUUUACCUCCUUGUCCUACUUCAUUGUCAACUUGCUGCAGACAUACAUCAUGUUGACACACAAAAGAACAUACGUGCAGUACCGCACUCAAUUUAUCAUUGGCUUACGUUUGGUGUUAAUGGCCAACAGCGUGACAAAUUUCCUCGAUCUCAUAAACUCCCAGGUCGUUAGCGAAGGCGGGUUCAACUUGUCUGUGAUGGAGAUUCCACUUCUGUUGGCCGCGAUCCAGGCUAUUGGUAUGCACCUGCUCAUGCGUUCGUUCAUCAUGACAUUUGCGGCCAUGAAUGUCGUCUCCUUCGGAGUGACCAGGCGAAUGGCUGUGGAAGGGUUGUUCUCAAGGAUUAAAGGGGUGAAAGCCUCAAUUCUCCUCGAGAAGCUUGGUUUCAGUUUUGGCUGGUUCGAGAACAAAACGCAAACUGAGAUGAUGCUUCUCCCUUUGCUCAUGUACUUGCUCGUUUCCCUUCUCACAACGUUCGUGGUGGAGAACCGUUACAGGACGGUCUUUCUGAGGAUGCAAGGACAUUCGGACACUCACGAUGAUGGCCGACAGUCGGAGGUGAUUCGACAGGCGCACUUCAGCCACAACACCGCCUCCGAGGAGGGAGGGGCAGAGCCUGAUGUUGACGAAUCAACUAGGAGGACGCGGAGUGUUCGGCGUCGCACCCCCGCGAGAGCCUAG